GUCCACGGCCGAGAGCGCCCGCGCGCCCUCAACAUGCAAAGCGCGAUACGCGAAGAAAAGCGGGGAAAACAUUUCCACUUUUACAACUUUUUUCCCAACAUCUAACACUCACUCAACUAUCAAACAUGGAUUUGCAGUUCAGUGUAUAAACUCGAGACCUAAAUAAAUACACAAACAAAUCUCUCCAUUUCCUAAUUUUUGUUACGAACGGUUUUCAAGAUUUCGUGACAAACCAAAACGAUGGCGGAAUUUGACCGGUGAUUAGUGUGGAAUAAUGAACUGUGAAAGCCUUGAGAUGAGCAUGUAAAAAAUAAACAGUUAUUUAAGUGAUCACCUGAGUACGCUUAUCUUUUGUAUGGUAAUGACUUCGGAAUGAGUAUCGAUUCAGAGUGCGCGUCCAGCCUUCAGGAUCGGGACUCGAUCAAUCCUCAUUGCCGUACGAGGAGGACCUAUGAGCAUCCUCCAAAAUCAGUGGCAUCAUUUCUGUGGGACUGGCUGCAGCCACUUGCUAGAUUAUGGGGACUCAUAACAGCUGUAGUGAUGAGCGGCGCAGGCGCGGAGCUCGCAGUGCUAGGAUACGAGGUGGCGCCGGCCUUGCUUGUGGGUGCAGCCGUGGUCCUUAUUCUGGAGACGAUGUGGGCCGUAGCGAUGUUUGUGGACCUGCUAGCACGGAGAGGAGAGUACACGCUAUCGCUGCGAUGCUGGGACUUCAUGAGAUGGUCGUGCGCUCGAGCGCGAGCGCCGUUCUACGCGUGUGCAGCCACGGCGCUGCUGUUCUCACACCUUACUCUGCUGGCUACUGCUGCAGGUGGCAUGCUGCUGGUUCUGGCGACCCUCCGAGCGAUGGUUCCGUUCUCGCCGUAUGCCAGUCAUGGCCGCCACACUCCUCGAGCUGGCAGCUCGCUUAUCAGCCAGCAUGAUUCCCCGCUACCGAGUGUGUUCUACAACGCUGCCCACUCGAGUGAAGACGCGAGGUCGGAAGAGAUGACAGUUCUCGACGUUAAGACUACAUUGCCCAUAGAAGAAGGUGAGCAGUCCCGCCCUGUCACGCCAAAGCAGCCUCUCUUAGAACUAUGAUGUACUACAUUACAGACAUGGAACAUUGUAUGAGACCGUACCUUAAGAACAAAUGGUCUUUCGAUAAUCUUGCAGUAAACUGCUCGGAAUCAGGAUCUUUAGUGGAAUUAAUAAUACGUAGCUUAGACAAAAUAAUUACGCGACUCAAGGAAUAAAAUCCGGUUGUGGUUGUUAGAGUUAUUACAUUUUGAUUGAGACCACUCUAAUUGCAAUUUUCAUUUGGAAUUGCGUACACUACUUACGUUCCCAGUUGGCAAAAAAACAGAAGUACCUAAGCGACUUUAUCGAAUCGAAAUCUAUGACGAGUAUUAUCUUAUCUAGAAUCAUAUACUUUUAUAUCUUGUGAAACUUUCAAUGCUUCGAAUGCUGCAAAGUACAAAGAAAUACCAAGAAAAGUACGAGUCCCAUAAAAUGUUCCUUCCAAUUAGACACAAAUUGUAUCAAUAAAUAAAAGCUCAGUCUUUGUAACUACUGGUGGAGGCGAUAGAAUACAAUAUAAACUAGGUCUAGGGUUAUUGGUAGUUUAUUUAUUACUUUUGUAUAAUUUUAUACCUGCGGAACAACUGUGAUAGUUUAGAGUUAGUCAAUGCGUCAAUAAAAUUAAGCUACAAAGGUGUCAAAUAUAUAAAUUAAGAAAUCA